AUGGCGGCCCCUCGACCCGGGGGAAGCCCAUCUUCCUCCUACUCCCACUCCCCCUCCGCCAUCCCAGGCCCAAGUCCAAGUCUCCCGACUGUGAGCAGGGCCAGAACCGUGACCGCCACCACCGCCUCCGGGCACUCCAUUCCCACAUCACAGCAGCUCCGGAGAGCCAGCAGCGGAGCGUCCACGAAGCUGAUCCGGAGGGUCAACACUCAGGACAGAAUAAGCGACAUUCUAGAGCUGGGCCGUGAACGCGCCGAGAGUAUGUCGCCGGCUCGAAGCCCGCCAACCUUCUUUCGCCAGGGCGGCGGCAGCAACGACGAACUGCCACAGCAGGAGGAGCCGGACGAGACAACGGAGAUCAUCACGCGCGCGCCCAGUGGUGGUGCCCACCCGACCAUGAACUACCAGAGCACAGUGGAGUCCGCGGGCACGAGGGCCAGGAAGGCUGGGGCGGAGAGGGGCAGAGACUCGCCCGCGGACGAGACGCGGAGGCCCGGUGACGCUAGGAGUGCGAGCAAGGGCAGUGCUCCGCUGGCCGGGGCCGGGAAUGGCGCGCAGAACGGCCACGGAGAUGCUGGGGGCAAGGAGGCCCAGGCGUGGUGGAGGACGAAGCUGGAGUACUUCGGGUCGAUAGAGCUGGAGAACAAGGGCUCCGUCGCGAGGGACCACUUGGCACUUGAGCGGACAUUCCUCGCGUGGCUGCGGACGUCACUCGCCUUCGCCUCCAUCGGUGUCGCCAUCACCCAGCUCUUCCGGCUCAACACCUCCAUCGCGGACAGCCCGUCCGACAGCGCCAGCCAGCACACCCUGCGCCACCUGGGCAAGCCCCUGGGCGCCGUCUUCCUCGGCAUCAGCAUCCUUAUCCUCUUCCUCGGCUACCACAGGUACUUCCAGGCGCAGAAGUACAUCAUACUCGGCAAAUUCCCGGCGAGCCGCGGGACCGUCAUCCUGGUGUCGCUCGUGGCGCUGGUGCUGAUGGUGAUAUCCCUGGUCGUCGUCGUUGUCGUGCAACCGAGCUCUCGUGCGGGCUCAUGCACGAUGAGCGGCGAAUCUGAGCCCCAAGGCCCCGUGAGCCUCGCGUCACACCUCAAGGCCCUCGCGCCCCAAGACGGCUCGCGGGCGGAGCUGUUCGGCUCGGUGAUACCGGCCGUGAUAGACGCGGUGGGCGAGAUCGCCAGGGCGCUGCAGAGGGCGCACCGCGUGUCACUCGCGGGCACGGCCAACACGUUCGGCGACGACCAGCUCAACGUGGACGUGGCGGCCGAGGAGGUCCUGCGCAAGGCGCUCGCGGCGCAGUGCGCGUCGGUCGUCACGGCCAGCAGCGAGGAGGACCCCGUCGAGAGGCCCGUCGACCACAUCACCGGGGAGACCGCGGCCGGCACCGCCGUCGCGGCCGCGGAGCGCUACACCGUCGCGUUCGACCCGCUCGACGGCAGCUCCAUCAUCGCGCCCAACUGGACGGUGGGAACCAUCCUCGGCGUCUGGGACGGCGCCACCGCCGUGGGGCGGGCGCCCGACGAGGGGCAGGUCGCGGCGGUGCUCGGCGUGUACGGCCCGCGCACGACGGCCGUGGUCGCGGUGCGCAUCCCCGGCUCGGAAGCCCCCGCUGCCACGUGCUUCGAGGUCGGCCUGGGCGGCGACGGGUCGUCUCGGGACGCAGAGGUGCUCCGGCCGGCGGUGCGGCUCGCGGCCCCGCCGUUCAAGACGCGGUACUUUGCGCCCGCGAACCUGCGCGCCGCGGGGCAGGACGCGCGGUACGGGGAGCUCGUGAGCGGGUACAUCGCCGAGGGGUACACGCUGCGGUACUCGGGGGGCCUGGUCCCGGACGUGGUGCACGCGCUGGUCAAGGGGCACGGGGUGUAUGUCAGCCCCGUGACCGCGCAGAGUAAGGCGAAGCUGCGGAGGCUGUACGAGCUGUUCCCUGUUGCGCUCAUCGUUGAGGCUGCUGGGGGGAAGGCUGUUGACCCCGCUGACGGGAGGAGGAUAUUGGAUGCUGUGCUGCAGGGCACGGAUGAGAGGGCGGGUCUGGCUUGUGGCACGGCGGACGAGGUUGAUAAGGUGCGGCAGGCGCUGGUUGGCUGA